CGCAUGUGUCUAGGUGAUAAAACCACGCAUGAGCUGAGAAAGUUAAUCACAUUUGAACGUACUGACGAGGAGAAAGGUGUAGAGGUCCACCGCCGGAAAAAUGGCAGCCACGGUACAAGAGGAAAAGUUGCGGCUGAAGAUGAAGAGCUACUGGCAGGUGUACAGCCCUUCCCUCGAGUCCAUGAUGCUCUCCAACGACGCCAAGUACUUGGCUGAAAAUGAACAGAACGAAGUCAUGUCUUACCUGCCUCCUUAUCAGGGGAAACGAGUCCUUGAACUUGGAGCGGGUAUUGGGCGUUUCACGGCACGCCUGGCAACAGUGGCGGGUCACGUAACAGCUGUGGACUUCAUGCAAGAAUACAUCGAUAAAAAUAAACACGAUAACAAGCACAUGGGGAACAUCAACUUCAUGUGUGCCGAUGUCACAAAAUUGGAUUUUCCUGCCGGCAGCUUUGAUUUAGUGUUCAGCAAUUGGCUGUUCAUGUACCUCGGCGACAAGGAGACGCAAGCUGUGUUCGAACGCUGCAUGAAGUGGCUUUCUCCAGGUGGACACUUCUUCGUGAGAGAGUCAUGCUACCAUCAGUCAGGAAAUGUGAAGAGGAACGAGAACCCGACAUUGUACCGCACGCCCUUGAAGUACUGCCACAUGUUGCACUCUGUCACGGCCGGAGGCAAGGCUCUGUUCAAGAUCCUCCGCGGUAAAAGCAUCCUCACCUACAUCCAUUAUCACGGCAACCCAAACCAGCUAUGUUUCCUGGCGCGACGCGUGGACGGCGAGGAGUCAGACCAGCUGGCUCAUUUCCUGCAGAGGGAGUACUCUGUGGUGAACAUCUUGGGCAGAGAGAGGGCACAUGGGUACAUGUGGUGGUCGACAGGUGGAGAGACGACGAACAGGGACUUCUGCGCCCGCCUGAACCUGCGCCCCGGCAUGCGGGUGCUGGACGUGGGCUGCGGCACCGGAGGGUCGGCCUUCUACAUGGCGCGCCACUACGGGGUUCACGUGCACGGCGUCGACCUCUCUACCAACAUGAUCCACAUCGCCAUCGAGCGCCAGGGGAAGCUGGAAGAACCUCUGAAGAAAAGGCUUCAGUUCGAAAUCAGCGACAUCCUCACCGUGGACUACGAGCAGGAAACGUAUGACGUCAUCUACAGCCGUGACAGCAUCUUCCAUAUCCCGGAGAAGCAAAAACUCUUUCAGCACAUUUACCGCUGGCUGCGUCCCGGCGGCGUCCUCUUCCUCACCGAUUUCUGCAGUGGUCCCGCAAUUCCCUCCAAGGAAUUCCUUGCAUACGUUGAUGGAGCCAAAAGGUACUCUCUCGCCGGGAAGGACUUCUACGUGAGAGAGUUGGAAUCUGCAGGAUUCACAGACGUGGCUUCCGAGGACCUCAAUGAGGACUUCAUGAAGACAAGUAAAGCGGAGCUGAAGGCCUUCACAAGCGCACGCGAAGCCUUCAUUAGUGACUUCUCGGAGGAGGACUUCGCGGAGAUCUCGUCCACCCUCGCCAAUAAGAUUCAGUGGACCCAAGAGGGACAGAUUUCAUGGAGAGCAUUCACGGCGAUAAUUAUAUUCCAGUAUCUCGCCGCCCACAUACUUCACAGGACCGAGCCCAGGCGCCUGAACCUGCCGCCUUGUUGCCAAGGCAGCCCGGAACCGGCGCUGAAGCUAUGGGACCUGGCGACGGGCGUGGCAGACAGCACAUACUAUGUAAGCCCAGACAGUGAAAAUAUGGGAUUUUUCCUUACCCUUCCAUUGCGUAGACUGGACAAGAAACAUAUAGACUGUCAGUACAUCCUUAUAUACAUCUUCUUCGCAGGAUACGACCUGCGAACGGUGAAGGCGUACGGGAAGGUCCUGGAGGAGGCUGGAUUCAAGGACGUACAGGCGGUGGAUAUGACGCAGACCUUCAUCUCCGUGUUGCAGAAUGAACUCAAGUACUUCGAACCAACACGCGAUGCUUUCGUAAAGGAUUACAGCGAGAAGGACUACAAGGAAAUCGUGGAUGGAUGGAGACAGAAGUUGGUACGGUGCAAUGCAGGCGACCAGGCUUGGGGCAUGUUCCUGGCCACCCGGUAGAAGCGCCGCGGGCCUCGGAGACAGCCUCCGAGCGAUUCCGUCUGUCUCUUGUUAGGAACACCUUUAUUCGAUUCUUUUUAUUGCAUCAUCCUUGACAAAUCAUCUUUAGCUGAAUCAUUACUUUGACCAUUGUCAAUUUCUUUUUAUUAUAAAGUCUCCAGUCAUUUUCUUUGAGAAUGAUAUGUCAUUAAUACUGUAAAGUAAAAUAGCUGCAAUCUGUUGCCGUAAUUUAUGUAUUCUAAUAUUCAAUAUAUAUGUUCAUGGUGCUGAAAACCAUGCCAAGAUGAAGACUGAGAAAUUAAUUUUCAUUCUAAUUCAAAUCUUAUCAGAACAAUGGUAAAAUAGAUGCAAAGUAUUUGCAAUUAGAAUAAUAGAAUUUCUAAUAUUUGUCAAAUAUUUUAAUCUAAAUCUUGGCACUGGUUAGAAUUAACGUUAACAAGUACUAGCAUUUAAGAAUUCUUUUGUACACAGUCAUAAACUUUAAGACCA